CAGAGAGUACCAACAGCAACAGAAACCACCACCAUCCCAAUUCCCAACGCACACAAGAUGGCCAUGUCCGUGGGCAAGCAAUGGACGCGGGUGCGCACGCUCGGCCGCGGCGCCUCGGGGGCCGAGGUCUUCCUCGCCGCGGACGACGUCUCCGGGGAGCUCUUCGCGGUCAAGUCCGCCGCGGGGGCGACCUGUGCGGCGGCGCUGAGGAGGGAGCAGUGCGUGAUGGCCGGCCUGCGAUCACAGCGCGUCGUCUCCUGCAUCGGCGGCCGCGGCGCCCGCGACGGCUCCUACCACCUCUUCCUCGAGUUCGCCCCCGGCGGCUCGCUGGCGGACCAUCUGGAAAGCGGGCUUGACGAGCGUGCCAUCUGCGGCUACGCGGCCGACGUGGCGGCCGGGCUCGCGUACCUCCAUGGCGCCGGGAUGGUGCACGGGGACGUCAAGGCGAGGAACGUCGUGAUCGGCGCCGACGGCCGCGCCAAGCUCGCCGAUUUCGGGUGCUCGAGGAAGGCGGGCGCUGACGUGCCAAUCAUCGGCGGCACGCCGGCGUUCAUGGCACCGGAGGUGGCGCGCGGCGAGGAGCAGGGCCCCGCGGCCGACGUCUGGGCACUCGGCUGCAUGGUUGUCGAGAUGGCCACUGGACGCGCGCCCUGGAGCGGCAUGGACGGCGACGCGCUCGGGGCGCUGCACCGGAUCGGCUACACGGAGGCCGUGCCCGAGGUUCCGAAAUGGCUGUCCGCCGACGCCAAGGACUUCUUGGCCAGAUGCCUUGUCAGGCAAGCCAGCGAUCGGUGCACGUCGGCGCAGCUGCUGGAGCACCCGUUCUUGGCUUCCGCCGACGUCGAGGCGAAGCCGGAAGCCGUCGAGAGCAAAAGCAAAUGGGUGUCGCCGAAGAGCACGCUGGACGCGGCAUUCUGGGAGUCGGAGUCCGACGCCGACGAGGCGGAGCACGACAGCACGGCAGAGAUGAGGAUCAUGGCAUUGGCUUGCUCCGCGUCGGCGCUCCCGGACUGGGACUCUGACGAGGGAUGGAUCGAUGUGCUCUCCGCGCCAAUCGAAGCACCAGACGCAGUGACCGAGGAGAAGAUCGACCUGGACGACGACGCUAUCACAACUGAAGAACCCAGCGGCGCAGGGUCCGGGGUUCUCGCCCUUAUUACCGUGGACGUGGAGUGCAUCGACGAUGGCGGCGCCGUCGUCGGAGCGGGAGCGGGAGAUGCAUAUGAUGAUGAUUCACUCGGGCACAGUAGUAGGCAUCGGUCUUUGAAUGCUGUAGCUUCUCACCAGUUAGUACCAUGUAAAUUGUUGCUCUGCAACAGAAAGACAAAUGCAACUGAUUUCGUUCUUGCACGAGCACUCAGUUUCAUACCGAUCUCUGUUUCUCCGCUCAUGCUUUGCUUCCUCUCCCCCGAUCGUGACACGUUGGAUUAG